AUGCGCUCACUAAACGUGACCGCUUGCGCGGCGCUACUCGAUGACGUACGCUGGGACGAGCCCACCAGCGUAGCAAGCCUUGCUGUCCUCGCUCUGAUAGAUGUCCUUGUUAUCACAGGAAACUGCUUGGUAAUAGCUGCAGUCCUUUGCUCGUCAAAGUUGCGCAGUGUCACAAAUCUUUUCAUCGUAUCGCUGGCAGUAGCCGACUUAUUGGUCGGCCUAGCAGUGCUGCCUUUCUCGGCUACCAGGGAGGUGUUUAAGGUAUGGAUUUUCGGAGACGUCUGGUGUUCAGUAUGGCUGGCUGUGGACGUCUGGAUGUGUACUGCAUCCAUUCUAAACCUAUGCGCUAUAUCUCUGGACAGAUAUGUUGCUGUGACCAGACCAGUCAGCUAUCCUUCCAUAAUGAGCAAAAAACGCGCCAAAGCGUUAAUAGCUGGCGUCUGGGUCCUCUCCUUUGUAAUUUGCUUCCCUCCGCUGGUCGGAUGGAAAGAUAAGAGGCCCACGGACGCUAUGAAUUCCCAUGAAAUACAUCCUCCCUGCCCUUGGACUUGUGAGCUGACUAAUGACGCAGGGUACGUGGUCUACUCUGCGCUGGGUUCCUUCUACAUACCAAUGUUCGUGAUGCUAUUCUUCUACUGGAGAAUUUAUAAGGCUGCUGUAAGGACUACAAAGGCCAUUAAUCAAGGGUUUAGGACCACCAAAGGUAAGUGUUUAGGAAACCGUUUUGAUGAUAAUCGUCUUACUCUAAGAAUACACCGAGGCCGUGGUUCUGCAAGACCCCAUGGCUCACCGCUGUCCACAGCAUCUAAUCACUCUACCAGUACUUCAUUGAGUGCUUCCCCAGAGAGGUUACGAAGGCACUCAAGCGCUCGCCGGGCACACGAAAAGAUCAAGAUUUCCAUUUCAUACCCAUCAUCGGAACAGAUAUGUCCACUGGAGAACUCUAGGUCCCCAAGCAGAUCUCCUAGUCCUUCACUAUAUGCUGUACACUAUGAGAGAGAUGGAAGAGAGCUGACGGAAAGCAGACUGAGGGUUAGACCUCAUCUUACACCCGGAACCCUGUAUGAUGAAUUAGAGGACAAGCCUAGAACGAGACGAAUGGGAAAAAGAAAUAUUAAAGCGCAGGUGAAGAGAUUCCGAAUGGAGACGAAAGCAGCAAAAACCCUGGGCAUCAUUGUAGGAGGUUUUGUAUUUUGCUGGCUGCCAUUCUUCAGUGUGUAUGUAGUCCGAGCGUUUUGCGGUGACUGUGUUACACCAAUCAUCUUUGCAAUACUUUUUUGGCUGGGGUACUGCAACUCGGCGAUAAAUCCUCUUAUUUACGCGCUGUUUUCUAAAGAUUUUAGAUUCGCUUUCAAGAGGAUAAUAUGUAAGUGUUUCUGUGCCGGCGGCGGCUCGAGGCGGGAGUCAGAUAACGCUGACACCACAGUAACGGUCCGAAGGACCAGACCUGCGCAUGGCCAUUCGCACUCAUUAGAUGAAGACGCGCCCAUGGCUAUCAAUAAUAGUGGUGCAACACACUCUAACCUGGUGAUUUGCGAUGAAACAGGCAAAGUUAUUAGUAAAUCUAAAGGCCUUGGAACAAAUCACUGGAAUCUUGGUAUAGAUGAGUGUGCAAAACGAAUUAUUCAAAUGCUCCAUACGGCGAAGGAUGAAGCUGGUAUACCGAGGGACAAACCUCUUGAUUCGUUGGGUUUGACGCUGUCCGGUUGUGAGCAAGAGAGCAGUAAUGCUGAUUUAGCUAGACGGGUCAAAGAGCUGGAUGGAUACAGCGCAGAUUCCGUCUAUGUAGCUUCAGACACAGCCGGGUCUCUCUUCACCGGCGCUCCAAAUGGUGGAAUGGUUCUUAUUGCUGGCACGGGAUCAAACGCGUUGUUAAGAACACCAGAUGGUCAACAGUUUGGGUGCGGAGGCUGGGGUUACCUUCUCGGCGACGAAGGAAGUGCGUACUGGAUUGCCCACCGCGCUAUUAAAAUAAUAUUCGACGAUUGUGAUGGUUUUCGACCAGCUCCUCACUCGACAACAAGGCUUUGGGAGACCAUAAAAAAUUACUUCAAGGCAGAUUCGAGAGCAGAUCUAUUGCCGCAUGCGUACAAACAUUUCGAGAAGUCAUUUUUUGCUGGUCUAACAGCAGAACUGUCAACUCUCGCAGAUGAAGGCGACGCUCUAUCCCAGCAUAUAUUUGCUGAUGCGGGCGCUGCACUAGCUUCGCACGUGGCUGCGCUCGCGUCUCGAAGCCAGAAUGGAACUAGGCCAUUCGAAAAUGGCUUGAGGAUUGUCUGCGUGGGAUCCGUGUGGAAAAGCUGGCAUGCGCUCGCGCCGGGUGCGUUAAGUGCGCUUGCUGCGAGACGGCUAAGAAUAGACUUAGAGCUAGUCCGUCUACGCGUCUCAAGCGCAAUGGGUGCAGCCUGGUUGGCCGCUAAACACGUGAACUACAAUUUACCCCGAGAUGACUCGGCUUUCUGCGAAGUUUUCUACACAUACCGGGAAAACGGCCGAACAAAUAUUGAUGGGUAUGGAUGCGGUUGUAGCGAAUUUUGGUGCUAA